UUUUUUUGUUUAGUUUUUUAACAUUUUGAUGAUUAUAAUUGAGAAACAGGAUGUACAAAUCUUUCUACCACUGAAGUGCAUGUGUGUGAAUGAUAUUUAAAUACAUACCAAGCAGGGAACACAAAUGAAUUAUCCACACUGAACAGUUAACAUAAAACACAAUCCGAUAAAAAGACGUUUCCAGGUCGGUCGCAAAAGAGGACUCUGAUUUAACUCUGAGGGUGUGAGGCCGGAGCCAUACGGAGCUACCUGCAGGCUGAGCAGGUCUCAUCUGAUACAACAGCACUCUCUACUGGCACAAACUUCAAAUGAAACCACUGAUUCGUUUCUCUGUACUUUAAGCUCCUGUUUUACCUAAAACUGGACUUUGAUGAACCUUUAAAAUCACACACUCUCUCAGGUUUUACAUACAUGUAAUACAUUUUAAGCAGAGGGAAAACUGGACAGCAUAUUUAUAUCCUAAAAGUCUAUCUAAUAAUCAAUCCAGAAAUAAAGGCACAUAAGGCUUGUUCAGUUCCUCCCAGGCUCUCAUUUACGUUUCUUCCCUUGUGUUUGCUGUUUUUUUUUUAGAAAUCCGUUAUGGCCUCUGGAAAUGUAACAUCUCUCGCUUGAAUCUAUUGCUGUUAGAAUGCACUUUGGUCACUGUUGGGGACUGAGGCAGUGAGGGCAAAGUUCGCAGGGCGCUUGUAAGGAGGAGGGGGUGAAGAGGAGGAAGGUUAAAAAAAAAGAAAAUUGACCUUUGAAAGCAAAACAGCAGGUGGAGAGCUAAAACCAGGCAGCUCAGGACACAUCGGGAGGAAAUUCGACUGAGAAAAAUGAAAGUGUAAUUUCCCCCCGAGCUAAAGAGGGACUGCAGAGAAAAUAAUGAGGCCUGAUGCCGUCCGUUUAGGAGCCAUUUAAGAGUGGCGGAGCACAGGAGAGCAGCGUUUGACCGGGAGGCAGUAGCAAGGUAAGGCAAGAGAUCAAUGGAGGGCGAGGAGCGGGCCAGGGCGGCCAAAGGAAGGCCCGGACAUUUGACGGCCCUUCAGGAGCAGCUGAUCUGGGCCCUUUUGGAAUCUGGACUGUCCCGGGACGUCCUGGUUCAAGCCAUUGGAGAACUGGAGCAAAACAGGGCAGGUGCCAGCGGCGAGAGGAGAGACAGGGGCGAUGGAGAAAGCUCAGAGGAGGGAGAGAUGGACUUCCCGCCGCCUAUAUUUCGAGAGCUGGAGAAGCUUCCUCCAAACGAAUUGUCCAAGCUGAGAGCUGAAGUCGACCAGCUACUACAGGAGGACCCCUGGCACGUUGCAAAAAUGGUGAAAAGCUACAUGCAACAGCACAACUUACCCCAGAGAGAGGUGGUGGAAUCCACAGGACUCAACCAGUCCCACCUCUCCCAGCAUCUCAACAAAGGCACACCCAUGAAGAACCAGAAAAGAGCUGCUCUGUACAGCUGGUACGUCAAGAAGCAGUGUGAGAUCAGCCAGCAAUUUACUAAUGCCAAACAUGGCCUUACACCUGUUGAGGAUCAAGGGGAGGAGGUCAAGAAAGGGAGAAGAAACAGGUUCAAGUGGGGCCCGGCUUCGCUCCAAAUCCUCUUCCAGGCUUACGAGAGGCAGAAGAAUCCCAGCAAGGAGGAGAGAGAGGGGCUGGUGGAGGAGUGCAACAGGGCCGAGUGUCUCCAGAGGGGGGUGUCUCCGUCUCAGCUUGCAGGCCUGGGCUCCAACCUGGUCACUGAAGUCCGAGUGUACAACUGGUUUGCCAACCGCCGAAAAGAGGAGGCUUUCCGUCACAAGCUGGCCCUGGACACGCCCUUCAACAACCAAUCGGCGUCCUCCUCCAACACCCCACUUCCACCAAGUCCUGAGCACAGUGUGAAGUACAGCCAGCAGAUCUCUUGUGAUACCGUGUGCUCGGCCAGAGGCGGCGCAGGGGAGAGAGGGGGGCGUCUUGUGGUCAGCCCGGUCCACUUAGAGCCCAGCCACACACUCCUGGAGAGCCAUAACCCCAAGCUGGUGUCCAGCAGCGGCCCGCUACCCCCAGUAAGCACUCUGACCUCCCUGCACAGCCUGUCUGCCUCCCCUGCGUCCUCACAGAGCCUGAUCAUGGCCUCAGUGCCUGGAGUCAUGAGUCUGGGAGAGUCCUCCCUCCUCAUUGGUUUAGCCUCCGCACAGCCGCAGAGCGUCCCCGUGAUAAACAACAUGGGAGGGGGUUUCACAGCCCUCCAGCCCAUCUCCUUCCAGCAGCAGCUUCACGCGUCCCACCAGCAGCCACUAUCCCAGCAGCUCCAGAGCCACAUGGCAGCCAGCCCCUUCAUGGCAACCAUGGCCCAGCUGCCGUGUCACAUGUACAACAAAUCGGACUCCCCCCAGUACCAUUCAUCCAGUUUGCUGUCCCAAGCCAUGGUCAUCACUGACAGCACCAGUCUGGGGACUCUGACCAGUUUGGCAGCGGUCAGACAGAUUCUCACGACAGAUCCGGAAGAAGAGACAGACCCGCCUUUACAGGAGGAUUCUUUACACCUGCAGCCCCACACACCUGUACCAGCUUCUUCUGAGAGCUUAGAGAUGUAUCCUUCCUCUCAGACAACAGAACGGCAUCAGUCUCAUCUCCUCUCGCCUUCACCUACAGAUAUCAGCUCCUACAUGCCGUCACAAAUGGUGUCUACGGCCCAGUGAGCGUCCAGCGCCCUGUCAGCUGAAACCGGGAGGGUGACAGCAUUUGCAAUUCCCAGAAAAAGCCACAACAAGGGCUCGACGAAAACACAGCUAUAAUCGCAACGAGGGCUGAUAUCUUAAAAGAUGAAUCUUUGAAAUAGCACAGAAUCGACUCAAGAUCAACCAGAAAUGUGUUCAGUUUUUUUAAUGUUUUGUAAUAUUCGGUGUAAAUCCAGGUGACACUUGUUACCUGUGCUGUUUUUAACUCACUGCUUUAAAUGCUCAUUUCUCACUUCAUGAAAAAGUAAAGACUACUUCAAAUCAACAGUGUAUGUACAAAAUUGUGAAUGAGCAAAGUGUCUUUCCUCCUCUGAAUAUGAGGAACAUACCAACCAAAUGCUGGUGCCUGCAAUGCCAGAGCCAAAGAGCCCCAAACUGGGGAAAUAAUAAAAAAAAAAAUUCAGUUCAAUGCUUCCUCUUUGUUUCCAUCUCGCUUCUUUUUCUUUUUCCUUUUGACUUUAAUGUCUGUCUGCUCCAAGUUCCCGUUCUCACCAUUGUUUGGACUGGGAGCAAAACCGGCAGAGUCCCCCUU